UUUUUUGUUUUUUUUUCAUUUUUCUCUAAAAAAGUUUUAAUAACAAAAUGAAAGGUUCGCUUGAAGGACCCAAAUAUGCACUCGGGUACCUAGCCCAACAGCAAGCAUCAGAACUCCUCAACAAUACAUUAUCGCCAUCAAAGGAUAGCAUUGGAGUGGGUGUAGAUAUCGAGUUAAUCCAAGACAUCAACAUUAACAACCCCACAUUUAUCGAGCGCAAUUUCACCACGGCAGAACAAACUUAUUGCUGGUCAAGACCCAAUGCACAUGCGAGCUUCGCCGGUAAAUGGUGUGCGAAAGAGGCGGUGAUUAAGGCAGUGUCUUCGUUACAUCCGGAUUGGGAAAAAGUUUGGGUGAGAGGGUCGGCUGCUCCCCUGGUGGAUGUGGAGAUUUCAAUGGGGGUCAGUGGGGCGCCAAAGGCUGUGCUAAAUGGGGAGGUGGCGGAGGCCGCAGAGAAGGCUGGCGUAAGCGAGAUUAAGGUGUCGAUCAGCCACAUUGAUGCGUUUGCUAUUGCUACAGCAAUAGCGAAAUAAGACAAGAAUAUAUAGAAAAUGCAACUUUUUAAAAUUCAAAUAAAAU